CUCUGAUGUCACACACUUGAAAGUCAUCUGAAAGUCAUGUAACUCUACGUUCAUUCUGCGUCGUUUCUUGUCACACGCAACGAACGCGAAAAAGCCGAUAUACUAGCCGUCGAUCUCCACGUUUUAUCUCAUCUGUGUGAGAGAGACUCAGAGAAUGAACAGAGUGAGGAAUGGAAUUACCUUCCUGUUGGCUUCAAGGCAGAGGAAGUUGAUGUUGUUGAUAUUUAUUGUGACUUGUAUUGCUGUGUAUUAUUACACUACGAGUAAGCCGGAUAAUACAAGACUCAAAAUGAAAGUGCCAACAAAGCCACGAUCUUCUAGUCCUUGUGCGCAGCAGAUUUUGUCUCAAUGGGAUCAUCUUCCCAACAGUGACGUUGACAUCUAUAUUCCUUCACGCUUUCAUUCACCGUCUUUUCAAUUUAUAGGCAAUGGUUGGGUAGGCAGCUCAGUGGGUUCAACUGGAUUGUACAUAUCACAUCAAGGAUUCUUGUCUCUAUUGGUUCCUCUCUCUCCAUUCGUUGAGGCAUCUAUAGAUGGACACAAGAUGUCACUUGAGGCGUCGGUAAUUGAAUUCAAGAAGGGUAUCGUACAUCACAUAUAUGUUUAUAAGAACAGUAGAGGUCAGUGUGUCACAUUGCAAACGACCGUCUAUGCACAUCACAGCAUCACUCCUCUCAUCGUACAAGAGCUACAUUUCAAGAACGGGAUGGCUGGCAAAUGUAUGGUGCAAAUGAAUCACGUUGCUCUUAAUGGUUGGACGGGAUCAACGAGACGGCAGUUGGAUUUGAAGGGUUCUGUGUGGCCAAAUAUCAAGCAUUAUCAGUUGUUGACUGGCAUGGAGAAGGCACAGGUUGAGAGCACGUCAACUGAGAUCAUUUUGUCGAUGGCAACGACGGACCCUCCAGAGCCGUUCACGUUGGCAAAUCAUGGUGUGUCGCAUACUCAUAUUGCUUCUGUCGUCAUAUACAACACGUCUACAUCAACUUCUCAACAGAAAACAGAAGCAGCAGCAAGCAAAGAACUGGAAACUCUUGUCACUAAGAAACCGGCCAGCUUGAGAUCAUCACACUCUUCCAUAUGGAUGAAGAGUUGUGUCAGUACUGUAAUUGUUGCUGAACACAGUGACACUUCCAUACCUCAACAAGCGGCCAUCACAUCCAGUUUGUAUUACGCCAAGUCUGCUCUCACACCGCAGACAAUCUCACACGCAGAGAGAGACAAACAGAAGGAAGAGAAAACUCACUGCUACACAGGACUGCCAACAAUGCAUGUGGUGUCUCUAUGGAGUAUCCCAACAUCUAAAUCUCACUACUUGAAACUGAUCGGUAACUGGAGGAGUCAUCUAGUUGAAGGUGGAUGUCUUGCAAUCUUCACUGGUGUUCAAGUCAACGUCGAACAGUCAAUCAUCAGAAGUUUCAUCAGCUUGCAAGACACCGGGAAACUCAUCCAGCUGGCGGCCAACCCGCUUACCCUUCAAGCUCCCAUUUCGAUCAGCCAUUUUCUCUAUCAAAAGCAUUACAUGUCACUUACCAUCACACUGAACAGAGAACAGCUUCCAGCUACAAUGAGUAUCGUUGCUAUGCAAGUAGAUGGCAAACAGCCGGUCAAGCCAUUGUAUGUGUGCCCGGCAGGCUGUAAAGACACUCCAAUAGAACUUAAAUUACAAUCUCCUAUCCAUCUUCCUGUUAUUGCCACGUCUCCUCCUACUCCCCUUCUAUUCAUCUCCAACGACGAUUCAUAUUUACAAGAGAUGGGCAAACAGCUGCACAUUGACACAUCAAUGCAACAUGAAGGUCACAUGUCAAGCUCAAGUCAUUUGAGUACGAAGUUCUGGGUGUGUCUUGGUUUGUUAGUCGCUGCCUUUCACAUCGUCCUUCUACGCAUUGUCUAUAAAGAGUAUUUCUACGGAGGAAGCGACGGAGCAAAGGGGAAAUUUGGUGGUAACCGUAUGUCUUAGCGCACGCUACGCAAGAGUUGAUUUCAAUGGGUAAAUUAUGGUAUGAGGGUGGGAUUUUCACGUGAUAAAUAUUGCAUGUCAAUGCUUGUUGCUAUACUGUACAGCUAUGUGUUACAUUGUAUACAGAUAAUCAUCACAGCAGUGCAUUGUGUUUACCUAUUAUAUCAUUUCGUGUAU